AUGCCUAUAUGGCCUGCGUCUGCUGUCUCUCUCGUGCCGCCGUCUGCUGUCUCUCUCGUGCCGCCGUCUGCUGUCUCUCUCACGCUGCCAUCCGCUGUCUCUCACGCUCCGUCUCUCGCACCGCCUGCCAUCUCGUCCGCCCCGCUUGCCGACUCGCCCACCCUGUCCACUGAGUCUCUCACGCCGUCUGCCAUCUCGCCUGCCAUGCCGCUUGCCCCGUCUGCCAUCUUGCCUGCCUCGUCUGCUGUCUCACCUGCCUCGUCUGCCAUCUCGCCCACCCCCCAUGUGUCGAAACAAGUGCCGUUUAUCAACCCACUGAAAACUCGCCCAAAGACCGCAAUUCCCGUCGCAUUCACAAGUCCCGGGGCUGCCCGGCCCAGUUCCUCUGGUGCCACGGCCAUGAAAAUAAAAGCUCCGGCAUCGACUGGUAGUAGUAAACCGAAGCCUACUGCUGAUAAGAAGAAGUACUACGUGAAGCCGCGUGCAAACAGCUGCACCGCUCGCAACUUGUACAUGCAGGACCUUUUCGCCCAUAACCCGGGCGCACAGUUGACGAAGGCCGAAUUUGAUAUGAAGUUCGCUGCCUUGUCACGCAGUGAGACAAAGAUGUAUGCUCAAAAAUCUGCGGCUCUACGGGCUCAGAAUAAGGCAGGGAAAUCUGUUGAGCCAGCAAGCAAAGCCAUGGAAGCCACACCAUCGGGGGUCCAGUCCGAUCCAGAGGACGAGGAGAUGCAAGUUCUUGAAGAACCUACAACCCACCUCCAAGAUAGCUUGGCGGGUCCGAGCGCGUGA